ACGGGCGCGGCGGUGCUGCUGGUGGUGGUAGCGCUGUACGCGGUGUUUCUUCGUCACGCCAACAGGAGCAGCGCCCGCCCCUGCAGCACGCCGGAGAGGCUGGAGGGGAAGACUGUGGUGGUGACGGCGAAUGAUGAGGGUGGUGUGGGCGUGGCGGUGGCGCUGGACCUAGCUGGGCGGGGGCGCGACGGUGGUCCUGGCCUGCCCCCACCUGAAGAAGGCGCAGCAGCAGGCAGCUGCAAUCACGGCCACCACGGGCAACACGCAGGUGAGGGGCGCGCAGCUGGACACCUCCUGCAUGGCCUCCGUCACCGCCUUCGCCAAGAGGGUCAUUCGUGACGAGAACAGACUGGACUUGCUGGUGCUGGCGGCGGGGCGCGGGGCUCCCCCUAGCAGAACAGUGACGGCCGAGGACUUAGAGGUGACCCUGGCCUCUAACCACCUGGGGCACUUCCUCCUCGUCAACCUCCUUCUGGGGUUGAUGGUGAAGAGCUACCCGUGCCGCGUGAUAGUGAAGGCGUCCUCAGCUCACUAUCUCCUGUCCUCCAUCAACCCUAAGGAUCUUAACUUGAGCGGGGGGUCGGUACAGGGCUCUGGCAGCCUACUCCCUCUCCCAGCUGUGUAAUGUGCUCAUGGCCACCAACCUGGCUCACCUCACCGCCGGGACAGGUGUGGCAGUGAGCAGCGCUUGCCCAGGUAUAGUGUGGGGGGAGCCUUACCUGUGUGGCCAAGGCGUGCUGGCUCGCCUCUGCACCGCCUUCCUCUACUGCGUGGCCAGGACCCCCGAGGAAGGAGCGCAGACUUUGGUUCAUGCCGCAGUCAGCCGCCAGGGGGCCGAGCUGUCUGGGGCUUUCUUUACCAACUGCACGGAGACCGAAGCUCACUGGUCUGGCGGCUGACGCGGGGCUGGCCAAGAAGGUUUGGGAGGUGAGCGAGGGCCUGGUGGGGCUUCUACCUCCGGACUACGCUUAGCUCCUAUGAACACCUUAAUUAGCUAAAUGAACCGACUCCAUUGUUGCUUUUGAGUCCCCUUCUGUCUCUUUGUCAGUCUUCUUUUUCUUCUUCUUCUUUUUCUUUUUUUUUCUUCUUCUCCCUCUCCUCCUUCCUUCAGAAUGCGGCCCAGUCUCUUUCAGUAGGUUCUUCAAUUCCUUUACAGACACGCCAGACAGUCAGUAUUCGCUUAUUACCAACCCCCAGCAGCAUUCCCUCCCUCCUGUGACCGCCUCAAGGUUGACGUUUCUAUCAUUUGUCAUAUCAUGCAGACUUGAUGGAAAGACACUGUGCAUGGCUUAAGCACGGCACACUAAAGACCCGUAUUCAGAAACGCUCUGCUCUCUCACCACAAGUAUGUUCAACGGCUGCAUAGAUGAUUAGCCGCGUUCUCAAGAGUGUUUCACCUGUUUAUAAUGUAGAAAUAUUGUUAACCAUAAAAAACAUCCUUAAAAAUCCCUAUCACUUCAACGAGAGGCUUUUGAAGGUAGCCAAGGUUUGGGCAAAAGUGUUUCAGAGUUUGGUUCUGAAUAUUGUACAAUUUAAGACCU